AUGACCAGCCCAGCAGUCCUCUCCCCCACCUCUCUCCUCGCCGACAACCCCAAGCUCCACCUCCCCGCCGCGACCGAUCCUCCCAGCGACACCAAUCCACCGACCCAGAAAACCUGGCUCAUAUUCGGAGCUACUGGCCACAUUGGACGGUCGCUUGUCAAGUCCGCGCUCAGCCAUGGCGACAAUGUGGCUGCCGUGGGACGGACGAUGGAGAACAGCAUGAAGCAGAUGCAGGGCUGGCAUGAGCGGUGUCUGGGUUUAUUAUGCGAUGUGCGAGUACGGGAGACAGUGAGGGAGGCGAUAGAUGCCUGUAUAUCGAGAUUUGGGGGCGUGGAUAUUGUCGUCAACUGCUCAGGCUACGGCGUGAUAGCCUCCUGCGAAGACCAGGACACCUGCGACCUGCGCUCUCAAUUCGAGACCAACUUCCUCGGAACCCUGAACAUAAUCCAACUCACCCUCCCCUACUUCCGCGAACAGUCCGCAAAACGCAAAGAAGGCGAGAACGCAGGCCGCUACCUCAUCUUCUCCUCCACCUCCGGCGCCCUCGGCGUCCCAGGUUUAGGCCCUUACUGCGCGACCAAGUACGCCACCGAGGGACUAAUCGAAAGCAUGCUCUACGAAAUCGACGCCUUCGGCAUCAAAGCCACCCUUGUAGAACCCGGACACAUGCGUCUCGACGAGCCGACCGGACUCGAUGACCAGACUUUCGGCGAGCUGGGGCUAGAAGGAAAGGAUGGGAGCGGGCAUAAGAUCAAUUUACCAAAGUAUGGGCAUUUCUUCGUCAAGAAGCCGUCUGCGCCUUACGAUACGCCGACGGCUCCAGCAGGGCAUGCGAGGAGGGUGGUGCAGUGGCUCGCAGAUCGGCAGCCGACGAGUGCGGUCAAGUCUGCAGAGCUGGUGUGGCAACUGGGGCAUUGCAGAUACCCGCCGCUUCGACUGCUGCUGGGAAUGUACGCUGUGGAGAGCGUGAGGGAUAGGCUGAGGAGUAUUAUUGAAGAGAUCGAGGACUGGAAGCACCUUCACUUCCCGGUGGCGGAGGAGAAUGGGAAACGCAGAGGCAGUAAGGACGCCGAUGUUAAGGAUGAGGACGAAGAUCAGGAUGAUAUGGAUCUGGGCGGGGAGGAAAUGAAGGAGGAAAAUGAUGAGGAAUGA